CUGACUGUAUUAGGAAUAAGUAAAAGCAGAACCGACCGACUUUAUUAUACAAUUUUUAAUGCGUAUGAGGAAUUGUUAUGAGUUAGUUUUGUUAGUUAUUAAAAGAAGAAAAAGGGUAUAUAUCUGUACAAUAUGAAAUAUAAACCGCCAGACAACACAGACCACAACAUAGCGAAAAGAAAGGUUUGUUGAUUUCAAACCAUGUCAACCCCCACAAAUCAAGCACAUGAACACAAUUUCCCAAAGCAGAAAAAAAUAUCAAUUUGUGUUUUUCGCUGUAGCAUUUGGAUAAUUUGGAGUAAGAUUCGACUCUCGCUGCGAGUGUUUGUUGGUUUUGUUGAGAGGAUUCGAUUUCCAUGGUUAUUUUAUGAAUUAAAAUGGUUUUACUGGUGAACAUUGAUGUUGGUUCCCAUAUCUGGGUCGGAGAUCCUCAAGUAGCAUGGUUAGAUGGAAUAGUGUUUAACAUUAAAGGAGGGGAUGCUGAGAUUCAAACUGGCGAUGGAAAGACUAUUGUUGCAAGUUUAUCCAGAGUGUACGCAAGAGAUGUGGAAACUCCUGCUGGUGGGGUUGAUGACAUGACUAAGCUGCAAUAUUUGCAUGAGCCUGCAGUUUUGCACAAUUUGGCAACCAGAUAUGAGAUCAAUGAAAUCUAUACUUAUACUGGCAACAUUCUUAUUGCUGUCAAUCCAUUCCAAAGGCUCCCACAUUUGUACGAUGCUUACAUGAUGGAACAAUACAAGGGAGCACGGGUUGGAGAACUAAGCCCUCAUGUUUUUGCAAUUGCUGAAAUUUCAUAUAGGGAAAUGAUUAAUGAGGGUAAAAGCAACUCAAUUCUUGUUAGUGGUGAAAGUGGGGCUGGUAAAACAGAAACAACUAAAAUGCUCAUGCGCUACCUUGCAUAUUUGGGUGGCAAUAAGGCUGCUGAAGGACGGACAGUUGAACAAAAAGUCCUAGAGUCAAAUCCAGUUCUUGAAGCAUUUGGCAAUGCCAAGACUGUCAGAAAUAACAAUUCCAGCCGUUUCGGGAAAUUUGUUGAGAUUCAAUUUGAUGAGCAUGGAAGAAUAUCAGGAGCAGCCAUCAGAACUUAUCUUCUUGAGAGAUCUCGAGUUUGUCAAAUCUCAGAUCCCGAGCGCAACUAUCACUGCUUUUACCUUUUAUGUGCUGCACCACAAGAGGAGAUUGAGAAGUAUAAGCUUGGAAAUCCCAGGUCUUUUCAUUAUCUUAAUCAAUCCAGUUGCUAUGAACUGGUUGGUGUUGAUGAUGCCCAUGAUUAUACAGCCACUAGAAGAGCUAUGGAUGUUGUUGGAAUAAGUGAGAAAGAACAGGAAGCUAUUUUCAGAGUUGUGGCUGCAAUUCUUCACCUUGGCAAUAUUGAUUUUACGAAGGAUGAAGAUAUUGAUUCCUCAGUUGUAAAAGAUGAGUCCAAUUUUCAUCUCCAAAUGACAGCUGAGCUUCUCAUGUGUGAUCCUCAAUCAUUGGAAGAUGCACUAUGUAAGCGUGUAAUGAUAACCCCGGAAGAAAUCAUAAAAAAAAGUCUUGAUCCUCAUGGUGCGGCAGUUAAUAGAGAUGGUUUAGCCAAGACAAUAUAUUCACGGUUGUUUGAUUGGUUGGUGGAUAAAAUUAAUGUGUCUAUUGGGCAAGAUCCUAACUCAAAUUGUCUGAUUGGAGUCCUUGACAUUUAUGGCUUUGAAAGCUUUAGGACUAACAGUUUUGAACAGUUCUGCAUUAACUUUACAAAUGAAAAGCUGCAACAGCAUUUCAACCAGCAUGUGUUCAAGAUGGAUCAACAAGAAUACAUAAAAGAGGAAAUUAACUGGAGCUACAUAGAAUUUGUAGAUAAUCAAGAUGUUCUAGACCUUAUUGAGAAGAAACCAGGUGGGAUCAUUGCCCUGCUUGAUGAGGCAUGUAUGUUUCCAAAAGCAACUCAUGAGACAUUUUCUGAGAGGCUUUAUCAGACCUUCAAAGAUCACAAGCGGUUCGUUAAGCCAAAACUGACUCGCACAGAUUUUACCAUCAUUCAUUAUGCAGGAGAGGUUCAAUAUCAGUCUGAUCAGUUUUUAGACAAAAACAAAGACUAUGUUGUUCCUGAACAUCAGGAUUUGUUGUCUGCUUCUCGAUGCUCUUUCGUAGCAGGCCUGUUUCCUUCACUUUCUGAAGAGACCACCAAAUCAUCAAAGUUCUCAUCUAUCGGUUCCCGUUUUAAGCUGCAGCUGCAGCAGCUGAUGGAUAUACUGAAUUCUACUGAGCCCCACUACAUUAGAUGUGUGAAGCCGAAUAAUUCUCUAGAACCUUCUGUAUUUGAUAGUAUCAAUGUCUUGCAACAACUACGUUCUGGUGGAGUUCUUGAGGCAAUCAGAAUCAAAUGUUCUGGAUUUCCUGCUCAUAGGACCUUCUCUGAGUUCCUGCAACGAUAUGGAAUGCUUGCAGCAGAGAUUCGGAGGGGCAACUAUGAAGAGAUGGCUGCAUGCAAAUUCAUCUUGGAAAAGAUGGAGCUUACAGGGUAUCAGUUGGGGAAAACCAAGGUUUUCUUAAGAGCUGGUCAUAUGGCCGAUUUAGAUGCACAAAGAGCCAGAUUACUCCGCAGCUCAGCAACAGUCAUCCAGCGGCAGGUCAGAACUCGUGCUGCUCGUAAUAAUUUCAUCCUCAAGAGGCAGGCUUCUAUUCAUAUACAAUCUCAAUGGAGAGGGAAACUCACUCGUGAAUUAUAUAAGGAGAUGAAACGAGAGGCAGCUGCUGUCAAAAUUCAGAAGAAUUUACGUAGACAACUGGCUACAAGAUCGUUUAAGGGGAUUAAGUCCUCUGCAGUUGUCUUGCAAACAAGUUUGCGGGUAAUGGCUGCACGUAAGGAAUUAAGAGUCAAGGAGCAAACCAAGGCUGUAACUUUCCUUCAGGCCAAUUGGCGCUCUCGCAAAGCUGUUUCAUGCUAUAAGAAGAGUAAGGAAGCAUCAGUUGUUUCCCAACAUAGUUUGACAGAAAGUACUGCAGGGAGAGAGCUUAUCAACUCGAGCAUGGAAGCAGAAGAAACAGAUUUACUCCUGGAAAAGAAUGAUAAACUUGAGAGACAAGUGGAGGAACUCACUUGCCAUUUGCAGUCUGAAAAACAAUUGAGGAUUGAAUUGGAAGAAGCAAAAGGGCGAGAGAUAACAGCACUGCUGCAUUCCCUGAAAAUGAUGCAAAACCAAAUUGAUGAGACAAAUGCAGUUCUGUUCAAGGAACGUGAGGCUGCACAAAAGGAAAAUGGAGAACGUCUUGUUUUUGCAAAAACAUUGAUGCUUGAUGAUGAUGCAAAGGAGAUUGAGAGCUUAAAGGCAUCAGUAUGGGAAGAAAAACAAAGAGCUGAUAGUUCUGAAAGGAAAUACGCUGAAGCCCAAGAAUUAAGUGAGAUAACACGUAAGAAAUUAAGAGAAACUGAAAAGAGAGUGUGUCAACUUCAAGACUCUUUGAACAGGAUGUUAUAUUCCAUGUCAGACCAAUUUGCAGAGCUGAAAAUGAUGUUGCACACCUCAUCAAACUCGACUUCAACGUCUCGACCCAUUGCCCCAAAUGUGAAGGUUGACGUUGCUUCUGAUAUCUCUGAUGCCUCGUCCAGUGAUACUGAUUUCUCUUUUCCAGCUCCAGCUUUAUCUCCAGCCUCAGAUAAUUUCUCUUCUCCCAAUGAUAAUACUUGCCCGUUGGCAGUUGAGGACAUUUCAACAACAGAAGUUUCAGAUUCAAAGAAGUGGAAUGGUGAAAAGGACACGGGAGCAUUUGACGACUACUUCUGAUGUAACUUCUUCUUGUUCCUUUUCCUUUCUAGCUUAGAGGUUAACUCAACAAGAGAUUGUCCGAAUUAAAGGAUAGGCAACCACACCUGAACUACUAUAUUAUAAACGGAUUUUUUUCCCAAGGAUAUAUAACCAGUCAGGUAAUCCUGUCCAAAAGGGGAAAAGAAAAAUAAAACUAAUUCUAGUAGCUACUGUAAAUUCGUGGCUAGUUCACUAACAUACAAUGUAAUUAUGCAAAAAUUAUAGCAUUAUGCAGGUUUCUCAGCA